AUGGGCCUGCGAGAGGUGAAUGCCGGCGACGACCGACGACUACAAGAGAUUGCAGAUCUCCUUGUAGGGUCGCACAAGAUCCUCCUUGUUACGGGUGCUGGCAUCAGCACGAGCUGUGGCAUCCCAGACUUUCGAUCAAAGGAUGGGCUGUACAACAUGAUCCCUGAACAGACCAUGCUUCCCUCUCCUCCACCAUCUGAACCGUCGACACCUGCGUUAAAGCGCGUCAUGUCUUUCAACGACGAAGACUUGCCGUCCUCACAAUCAUCCACCUCUUCAACUGCCAGCCGCCGAUCAUCGGCGAGCCCAUCCUCUAAACUCAGGGGGCAGGACUUGUUCGACUCUCGGGUGUUUCAGAACGCAGCCUCAACUACAAUGUUCUAUCAGUUCAUUGCCUCGCUGCGACAAAAGAUCCGGGACGAAGUUUGCUCGACCAGCUCCGUUCACAAGUUUGUCAGAGUUCUUCGCGAUGGUGGGCGCUUGAUGAGAUGUUAUACACAGAAUAUUGACGGGCUUGAGGGCCGGGAGGGGUUGGUAACGGACCUAACCCGCGGCAAGGGCAACAAACGUCGCUUCAUGAAGAAACACUUUGAAGUCCCACGACCAGCCUUCACGCCGGGAACUGACUUUGACGGAGGGUGUGAAGUGGUGCAACUCCACGGCGACCUCGAAAAGCUGCGCUGCACGAUGUGUGCCACGCAGUUUGAGUGGACCGACGAGGAGACCGACAUCUAUUUGCAAGGAGCUGCCCCUAGCUGUCCCAAGUGUAAAGCAAAAAGCGAGCAAAGACAGGCAAGCGGAAAACGAGGGUUAGCAACAGGGUCUCUUCGUCCCAACAUUGUGUUGUACGGUGAAGACCAUCCGUCAAACACGCUGCUGACGCCACUGAUCCCGUUUGAUGCUGGGUCUCAACCUGAAGUUAUGAUCAUCAUGGGGACAUCUCUGAAAGUGUUCGGGUUGCAGAAGAUUGUGCGGGAGUUUGCCAAAGCUGUGCAUGCGCGUAAAAACGGCAAGGGUCGAGUGAUCUUUGUCAACCGCACUCGACCGGCAGAGAGCGUUUGGGAGGGGAUUAUUGAUGACUUUGUAGCCAUGGAUUGUGACGACUGGGUGGAGGACCUCAAGACGCGACGGUCUGAUUUGUGGCUUCGACAAGGCGACAUUGGAUUGACGGUGACAAAGUCGUCGCAGCCCAAACGGAAGCGAAAAUCAACCGAGGAGGGUGAGAACGCCGGAAACGAGGCGGUCAAACGGGCCAAAGUGGUGGUCGAAAUCCCCAAUGCGACCGUGUCACACGCCCCCACAAUUCCCAGCACUCCUUCGAGGAAAAAUGCGAACAUUCACAGAUUCAAGUUACCGGCAGACUAUCCAGGUCGGGCAAUUCUCUCGCCGCUGGCUCAAGCGAGACGACCACCGAUAUCACCAUUCUCAAGUCCACUUCGCAUGGAUGACGAAAGCGCCAUUGCGAGCCCCGUGAGGCGUGGCACACCGAAAAGACCUACCGCGUCACCAUUCACGCCAGGAGUGUUGUCUGGGAGCAGACUCAAGACGGCAACUUUUGGGGAUGAACGCUUGGAGGAUGACAUGUUGGAAAGUAGUUCUUGGUUGGAAGACCAUGAGGCAGACCAUCCGACCGAAAGCUUGAAUAACGGAGGAGACGCGACUCAAGACGAAACGACCGAGUCCGGUGUCGUGGCCCAGUUCUUACGACGAGUACGCGGCAGGCGAUGGUUCUCGUAUCCUCGGCUCAGUACAUCUGGUGAAUCGACCGAUGACGAGGUGAUACAGGUAGCGACGCCAUCCAGGGGACCGCGAGGCAGAAGGAUCGAUGUGUUUGUCGAGUGA